AUGACAGAUGAGGUUGCAUUUUCUGCAACAGGUGCUACAAAAAUUUAUGUUGAUCUUGAAAUGGAAUAUGUUGCCACUCUGAUUGAAAGAUUUUCUUCUAUUUCCAAUGGUGUGCAAAUUAUCCAAGCUCAGCCUGUUAAUGAUAUUCCAUUGGAAGAACAAAUGUUUGUAAAUAGGAUGAGUAUAAAACAGUUGCUGGAGACUGACUGGGAUGUUAAUAUUCAGGAGCAUGUAGUUACUGUUAGAGAGACAAUUAUAGAUGUAGACAAUUUCUUUGAUUGGUAUUAUGUUUCAUGCAACAUAUGCAGCAAAAAAGUUAUCCCUGUUGAUGAUGUGUACAUUUGUGAUGCUUGCAAUAAAGAAUGCAAGUUCCCUUUGGUCAAGUAUAAGAUACAUUUGAAGGUGUCAGAUAAAACAACAGUUUCUACUUUUGUGCUAUUUAAUGUGGUUGCUGAGAAGUUACUAGAUACAUCAGCUCAUAAAUUAUUUAAUAGACAGUCUCGAAGCAAUACUGAUCUCCCUGCUCGGAUUUGUGGGCUUUCUGGGAAGAAUUAUGUGUUCAAGUUAAAACUGAACAGCUAUAAUUUGAAAAAAAGAUUGGAGAGUUAUUGUGUUUCAAAGAUAUUUCUACCUGAUGAGACACCGAAAAUACAAUAUAAGUCUAAAAAUUUGAGCAGUGACUAUGAAAAAUAG